UUACCAGGAAACCAGGAAACCAGGACCGUGAAACCAGGAAGUGGACAGUUUUUCAUCAGAAUGAGGCAAAGAGAAAUAAACACGAUAAAACGUUUAAUGAAACUAAGUUUAAAAUGAGAACAGAAUCAGCUUUGUUUCCUCAAUGUUCAUCUUGGUCUUUUUAGUUCUUAUGGGGACAGUAGUGGCGAUAAACGACGCUCCACCUGUCGUAGACUUGUUAACAAGAGACGCCACAGAUGAGACACACAUCUUUCUAUUGUGUGGAGCCACAGGCUUCAACACAGAAGACAUCGUCCUGAACAUCAAGAAGAAUCACUGUGCUCAGACUAAAGAGGACGGAGUGGAGACUGAAGGAGUUAAACCAAACGCAUUCAACAUCUUCUGGAGAGGAGACCACGUGGAGAUUUUAAAGUCUGAAGUGUCUCGUUACAGCUGUGAAGUCAGUCAUGCUGCAUCCCAUUUUCGUGUUGAGAAGGUUUGGGAUCCUGACUCUGAUGGAAAAGGACGGAUCAUUUCAUCUAAGUUCAUAGACACAACUCCUCCUCAUGUGAAGAUGUUUCCAGAGAACUCUGAAGUUCAGACCAACGUCAUUGUGACGUGUCUGGUCUCAGGCUUCUACCCAAACAACAUCAUCCUGAAUAUGAAGAGGAACGGCCGUAUUCUAACCAGAGAGGACGGAGUGAAGAGUUCAGGAGUUUGUUCAUAUGAAGACGGCACCUUCCAGAGAAGAGACUCUGUGGAGAUUAAAAGAUCAGACACGUCUGAUUACAGCUGUGAAGUCAUUCAUGAUGCAUCUGGUUCACGAGUUGAGAAGUUUUGGGAUCAUCGUCCUCCUCUUCCUCACUCUGAUGGAGCUGGGGACAAGACUGGUGUCAUCACUGGUCCAGUGGUAGGAGGCGUCCUGGUCCUGGGUCUAAUUCUGGUUGUGGUUCUUUACAAAAAAGGCUUCUGUGGAGCAGCCAGAUGUAGAACGACCCCAGGGAGACCACUGCGGGCUAUGGCUUCUAGACAAGGACCAGGAGGGUCUGACUUGUCUCUGAUUUCGGGAGCCUCUGCUUCAAGACGUCCUGCAACUUCUGUCCCUGAUUCUGGAGAGUCUGACAUUGACAAUUAAAUCAAGACCACUGAACGUGAGAGUAUCUUGAAAGGAAAUGUCCUGGCGUAAGUCUGAAACCCUGAAACAUCAAAUCCAUCCAUCAGUGAGCAGGAGACUGAGGACGAGGAAUUUAAAUGAAAACUAAAGUAUUUUGUUGUUUGGUAGAAAAUUGAUGAAUCAACACUAAUCCAUCAUUUUCACAGAAGCUUUUAACUGAAUUAAAAUCUAGAGAAAUAUCGUAAAUGCACUGAAAGAAGAACAAUGUGAAGUGAAAGAGUUUAAAGUGGUCAUUGACCAGUUUGAUGUUAAAGAAGCUUUUUCCUGAUGUGAGGUGAAUUCAUUCAGUCUGUGUUGAAGUCAACUUCCUUCACCUCAUCAGCUGGAAGCAACUGGUGCUACUUCACAGUUUAAAGCGUCAACAAACCAGUGGAUCCAGAAAGAGACGGAACAAAGAUUUAGACAGAAACAUUUAGCCUCAAUGAAACAUAAAUACUGGAUGGAUUUGGACCAAACUGAUAAAAUCACCAUCUCACUAAUACUAAUACCAUAAAAAACUGUAUUAAUACUCAAAAUAUCCCUGUUUGUUGUGUUAGAUUUUUUUAAAUUAACUCAAGUUCCAGUGAAUAUUAAGUUUUGAACUUCUGUAUGUGUUAGUGGCCUAAAAGCACGUUCUAAAAAACUUUUUAUACACAUUUUAUACUGUUCAUUACAGAGUUCUUUGGGUCGAAUUUAUCAAUUUGUUUUAAAACCAUUUAAUUUUUUUUAUACAAUCACAUAAAGUAACACAUGUUGUGAUCUCGGUCAAAAGUGACCAUGAAUAUUUUAACUGUGAACAAAGGAAAUUAUCCCAAAUCUGCACUUGACAUUUUCACAAUAUUACAAGGUUGAUGUCUUCAUACAUUAAUUAUACUGCAUAAUUAUACAUAAUGGUAACUGGUCUAUCUGAUAUG